AUGUCUAGUCAGGCCAAGUUUCAAGCAUUUGCGAAUUAUGAUUUCGAUAACGAUGGUCGAUUUCAGUCGGGGGUAUCCGCCAUUGUAAAUCAGCAAGCCGAUAGUAAUCAAGGGGACGUACUGGAGAAGGCCAAGUGGUUCUAUUAUAACAAGUUUAUUGAAGCUUUUGAUUAUGAUGAAUAUCAAGCGUGGAAAGCGGGGACCCCAGGUGCUUCUGAUGGUGGUGAAGAAAAACAGGAACAAAGUCAAGACGAUGAACGACCACCGCGCCUCACAUUUCAAGAAAUUGUGCAGAUGAUCGAGACAGGCCAGGAGAUACCAGGAAUCAAGCAAAUUCCGGACACGCUGAAUGAAGGUACACCCAGUACCCCAAAGUUGAAAGCACGACCCAAGCCAUGGGAAACCAAGAGGGAACCAGCCAAUGUCACAUCAGCCAACGAUACAUCGAAAUAA